CCAGUCAGAGACAGGCAUCUCUGAGCAUCUUCCAAGUCUUGAUACACCAUCAUCCUUGUGCCUCCUCUUUUUCUCACAGCAAGACCCCAGGCUUCUACAAGGGACCUCCUCUCAUCCAACCAUCUUCAACCCAACCACAGUCCAACCAUCGAGACCAAUUGUUUGAACGACGAGACGCUAGCUCGAAACAACCCAGCUCUUACACUUGAAACAUGUGCUUCUACGACCAACAUCGAUUCGGAUGCGGCGACUGGAAGUGGGGUCACUUUCGCCAGCACUGUGCCAAGGAGUACCGAAUCGGUGAAACGUGUGGCAUGAAGCUCAUCAUGCAGACGAUUCCCACAGGUACCAAGUGCAAGCUCUGCGAGAAGAUUGACACCAAGAUGCGCCGCCGGGCCGCCGAAGUCGAACGCAUCAGUCGCUGGCAGCGCGAUGGCAGCAAAUUUCGUGCUUCGAUCGAUAAAUCGAUGGAGAUAAUCCGAGGACUGGACUACGAGAUCUACGAGCUCGGCUGCGAGCGCAGCCGUAGAUUGCAGCAGACACACUGAGCUGGCGGCGAUCAAAGCGUGGCGUCUAAAGUCUCAUGUACAACCUGGAGUUGUUUCUUUUUCGGAUUGAGUCCAUUCAUUAUCGGCGUCUGGGGCUGGUAUGACACAGUGAAGAUUGACACUGGCUGGUGGAAGGUGAGAAGGAAUUUGCCGGGCGGUACCUCUUACAAUCGCUUCUUUCAAUGUGUCUACUUCAUAUUUCAAUGAUGAAUGAAAUGUUUCGAAACUGC